UCUUCCUUGAGAAUGUUUCGCAUGCUUAGGGGUUCCACUUGGGGCACAGCUCCUUUAUUGCGCCCUAGCAUGCCUAAAGACCCCACGGUUAAAGCCCAGCUCUACGCAUGGUCAAGUGAAGAGUUCUUCAAAGAGUUCGCUCUUGUUUACUCUUCACGUUACGACCCAUCACAAACUUGCGUUUCUUAUUGUAGAUUGAGUCGAAACAAGGUGCUUUUCACCCUCUCUGAUUGCUUAUGUGAAGGUAAUCCAGUAAGAGUAGACAUGGAACUCUCAACUCAGAGAGAUAAUCUCAAUGGCCUUGUUAUGUUUCGAGACGCUCGAGUUGAUGAAUCAAAAGGGAGCUUCAUAGUACGAACAGCAGUACCAGGAGUGUCACUUUUAAGGUAUCAAGAUAAGUUUCGACAAAGAACAGGUCAGUUAUGGUUGUAUAGAAUAACAAGAGACGUAUGGGAAAUUCAAUUCAAUACUGGCUUUUCUGGGGGCUUUGUUCUUUCAUAUUUCAUUCGCAUACUGUGUAAUCCUUGGAAAGGCCUUGACGUGGAUCUUGGUGGACCACACUGUGAGUUCCAUGAUUUUAUCAGACGACCACUUGGUUUAUGUAAGGUCGAUCAUGUACAAGGUAUGCCUCCGCACGAUGUUAUGAAACAGGUAAGAGUAGUUCAUCAGCAGAUGAUGAUCAGUACCGAGGUGAGAGAAGAGGGGCAAGGUGGCAACAACUUUAAUGAUAAUGGCGGGGCUUCUCAUAUUGCAACAACACAGAACAAUACUAAUGCUAUUCUGAAUGCAGGACAGACUCAUGGUAAUUUCAAUGGCGCUAACUUCAGAGACUGUCAUAUUACUAUUGAUUCGAAGGCGCUUCAGUUGAAGGGUUUUAAUAAUUUUCAUAGUUCCUAGGUUCUUCAUGACGGUUUUCUUUCAUCUUACUAUACGCUGUUAGGAUGAGUCUGGAAACAAUCGAAGAAGAGAUUGAUAUUGGAUUAUUAUCUUAUAACUAUCACACAGCACGAUGGGAAAAA